GUCAAUUUUCCUUCAACCAGAUUCCACAGUGUCCACAGAAGAGUCCUUUCCUUUUAAAUGACCAUUAAAACUGGAUUUUGAGUUUUAUGGCGUGAUGGCCAAAGGAACUUCCAUUCCAGCUUCCAGCCUUGGAUUUGAAUACUGGUUGAAUAAAGCUGUUGAAUGGGGCCAGACCACCACUUUUCAAUCGCAGCAAGAUGUCUGCCUACACCUGCCUAAAUUACAGGAGUUCCUGAAGCAGAUUUAUGGAGCCAUACAGCAUAUGAGCACAACUCCAGCAUUAAAAUCAUUUCCACUAAUUGGUCAGUUAUUGGGCAGACUGUGUUGGAAUCCAUUUGUUGUAGCAGAUGAGGACAGCCAACAGUACCUAUUACAGUGUCUGUGGUGUUUAUACAGUGCAGAACCUGAGAAUGCUGUGGAACUGAAGGCCAAUGAGUGGAUACAGAGCUUGCUGCAGAAUUUGACUGGUGUUGAUCAAGAAAUGAGAAGUCUUAUUCAGAAUUUACAUUACCCAGAGGAGGAAUACCAUUCUCAAUUGUUGAAAAAUAUGGUCUCCACUUUAGUUAAGGAACUUCAAGGCAAUCAAUGUGACAGAAAUUCCUUGUUUAUAAGACUCCCACCGGAACAACUGAGGAGUUUUUCUGUCCUCUGCUCACCGAUUGUUACUUUAGUUGAGGUUUUUCCCUUGGUGGAAGCUCUUCUGACUUGUCGUGAAGAUGAUUUGGAUGAAACUCUUUGCACAGAAUUUCUAGAGUCUGUCAGUACUGGCAUUUUGCAGUUUUUAUGGUCAAGCCCUUGUGCAGUUCUGACACCUAGAUGUGGCUUCCCUGCCAAGAUGUUUGCCAAUUCCUGGUCUAACUUCAUGUGA